UACAUUUGUAAAGUUAUAAGUAUUGUUUUGUGUUAAAAUUUUUGUUCAAAUUUUAUUAAAACAAUAAACUCAGAGUUAAUUUAGUGAAGUAAAAUUUUAAAAUAAACAUACAAAUAUGGAUGACCAAGAAUUGGAUCAACAUUUACGAGAUAUUCAAAGAGAUUAUCUUAACUUUUUAGACGAUGGGGAGGAUCAAGGAAUAUAUAUGAAUGCAGUAAAAAAUAUGCUAGCAGAUGAUAAACGUAGAUUAGUUGUUAAUGUUAAUGAUUUGCGACGCAAAAAUCCCGAACGAGCCGCCGCUUUAUUGAGCAAAUCGUUCGAGGAACAAGUAGCCUUUCAAAAAGCACUUAAAGAAUAUGUUGCAAGUAUAGAUUCAACAUAUAGCAAAGACAACACCGAAUUUUUCGUUGCGUUCGAAGGGAGUUUUGGAAACAAACAUGUUACUCCACGAUCAUUAACAUCCAAAUAUUUGGGAAAUCUUAUAUGUGUGGAAGGAAUUGUUACACGAUGUUCAUUAAUUCGACCAAAAGUUGUGAGAAGUGUUCAUUAUUGCCCAGCCACAAAGAAAGUUAUGGAAAGAAAAUAUGCCGAUUUAACAUCUUUAGAAGCUUUUCCAACUAGUUCAGUGUACCCCACUAAGGAUGAAGAUGGCAAUUUAUUGGAAACUGAAUUCGGUUUAUCGACUUAUAAAGAUCAUCAAACAAUAUCAUUACAAGAAAUGCCAGAAAAAGCACCUGCGGGUCAGUUGCCACGAUCUGUAGAUGUGAUUUGUGAUGAUGAUUUAGUUGAUCUUUGCAAACCUGGCGAUCGAAUUCAAGUCGUUGGAAAUUUCAGAUGUUUACCUAGCAAACAAGGAGGAUUUACAAACGGUACUUUUAGAACUAUUGUGAUUGCCAACAACAUUUCGCAAUUGAGUAAGGAAUCUACUCGAUCAAUUUCAAGAGAAGAUGUUGUUGUUUGCAAAAAAUUAGCAAAAAGCAAAGACAUCAUUGAAAUUUUAAGCCGAUCAUUAGCUCCGUCAAUUCAUGGUCACGAUUUUAUUAAACGAGCAAUUUUAUGCUUAUUAGUUGGUGGAAUUGAAAAAGUUUUAAAGAAUGGUACACGACUUCGUGGUGAUAUUAAUAUAUUGUUGAUUGGUGAUCCUAGUGUUGCGAAAUCUCAAUUACUACGAUACGUGCUUUAUACAGCGCCUCGUGCUAUACCUACUACCGGUCGUGGUUCUUCAGGUGUAGGUUUAACAGCUGCUGUUACUACUGAUCAGGAAACUGGUGAACGAAGAUUGGAAGCAGGAGCUAUGGUUCUGGCAGAUCGAGGAGUAGUAUGCAUUGAUGAAUUUGACAAAAUGUCAGAUAUCGAUAGAACAGCUAUACAUGAAGUCAUGGAACAGGGAAGAGUUACAAUUUCAAAAGCUGGUAUACAUGCUAGCUUAAAUGCUCGAUGUUCUGUGUUGGCUGCUGCAAAUCCAGUUUAUGGACGGUAUGAUCAGUAUAAAACUCCCAUGGAAAAUAUUGGAUUGCAAGAUUCACUUCUUUCUCGUUUCGAUUUGCUAUUUGUUAUGUUGGAUGUGGUAGAUGCAGAAAUUGAUUCUAUGAUCUCAGAUCAUGUCGUUCGUAUGCAUAGAUAUAGAAAACCAGGUGAACAAGACGGUGAAGUCUUGCCCAUGGGUUUAAAUGUAGAAAUGCUUAGUACACAUGAUCCAGAUGCCGAUGAUGAAAAUAAUAAAGUACCUGUAUAUGAAAAAUAUGAACCUUUGUUGCAUGGGAAAUCGCGUGCUAGAAAUGAAAGAAUAUUAUCAGCUGGCUUUAUGCGUAAAUAUAUUUAUGUUGCCAAAAUGAUGAAACCAAAAUUAACUGAAGAGGCUACUGAACUCAUUGCUGAUGAAUAUUCCAAACUUAGAUCUGAAGAUGCAAUGGAUAUGGAUGUCGCUAGAACUCAACCAGUAACGGCUCGUACUUUGGAAACAUUAAUUCGUUUAGCGACUGCACAUGCAAAAGCAAGAUUAUCUCCAAUAAUUAGUGUUUCUGAUGCGGAAGCUGCAAUUGAAUUAGUGCAAUAUGCAUACUUCAAAAAAGUUUUGGAAAAAGAAAAGAAAAAGAAACGACGUCGUGAUCAAUCAGAAGACGAAGAAUCUGAUGAAGAAGUACAUACAGAACAUACACAGGAAGAAGAAGAAGUUGAAUCGAGACCUAAACGUAGUCGACGAAUGAGGAAAUCAGUAGAUGAGGGUACUCAGGAGGAUGUUGAUAUGACACAAGUUACACCUCAAGACCCAGGUGAUUUGACUCGUAGAUCUACUCGAAGUGAAAUGUCUAAAGUUGGAGGAGGUGACACGUCAUUACAAGAAAUAUCACAAGAGCUUGCUGGUUCCAUAACUGAUGAAAGGUUAAGUAAAUUUAAAAUUAGUUUGCAACGGAUGUUCCGUGAAGAAAGAAAAGAUGCUAUCAGUGUUAAAAGUGUAACCGAAUUUAUCAACACAGAGCAUGCUAUGGAACCUUUUAAUGAAAAUGAAAUACAACUAGCUUUACACAAAAUGACAGAGGCUAACCAAAUAAUGAUUGCAGAUGAUUUUGUAUUUUUAAUCUAAUUUUGUUAUUAAUAAUAUUUC